AUGGCAUCACAAAUAGAAGAAGAAGAACCUCUCGUGCCCAUACUUACGAUAUCCGUGCAUGAUCUCCGUUAUUUCGCAGGACUGCUCCGUGGUGUCAACUUUGCAAAUCGCGCUACCACGAACAUCACGAAGACUGGGUUCACAGUGACAGUCGAAGAAGCUCGUACUCUCCUAGCAACUGCUUAUGUAUUCGCUGACACUUUUGAUGAAUAUGUGUACAAUCCGCCGCCAGAGAGCCGCCCAAACUCUCCCGUCCCUGGCACCCAAUCCACCGACUCCGACUUCGCCGAAAAUACCGCAGUAGAGAUACCUCUCAACAGGCUUAUUGACUGUCUCAACUUAUUUCACACAUCGGGUGCAGGCACCAGUGGCCCUAAGCAGAAAAGCUGGCGCCACGCUGGUGAUGAUGACGAGGACGACGAUGCACCCCAUGCUAAUGCGCUGGACCACAAUGGGCGCAUUGAUCAGUACUUUUAUCAUGGGACUGGGGAGAAGGGGGCAGGCAUGCGUAUGUCAUAUGUCGGUCCUGGUCAUCCUUUAACGUUCUUGAUUGCUGGAGAAGCAGCGGGUCCGACAGCUACGUUUGAGAUCGCGACAUAUGAAGCGGAACCGCAUCUCGAGCUUCCCUUUGAUGCAGAUCAAACGGUGCUGAAGAUUAUACUGAAGUCUUCCUGGCUUCGCGACGCGCUCUUCUCGCUAGAUCCAUCCUGCGACAAACUCACCUUCAUAGGCAAUCCGCCAAUUCAGCGGGACAACACGCGCGCGACUACAUCUCGAUCUGCGGCUCUCAAACCGAUGUUGCGCAUCCAGGCUAACGGAAUCCUUGGUAGCACAGAGAUGGACUACCCAAACGAUCGGGAAGUCCUCGAGACAUUCGAGUGUGCGCAAACCACGAGCUUUAGCUACCGUCUGGCGCAUAUAGCGCGCACCGCACGUGCGUUGCAGAGCUCGACGAAGACGUCGCUGAGGAUUGACGCGGAGGGGCUGCUGAGUCUGCAGUUCCUGAUGCCCUCACCGAAGCCGCGCGGAGGCACGAGUGACGCAUUCAUCGAAUUUCGCUGCCUGCCUCUCGAUGACGAUCUCGUAUAG